AAACCACGACAUAUCUCUCUCGUCCUUUUUGUCAAUCCUCCUCCUCUCUGUAAAAUCUCUGUAAUUUUUUUUAUUUUAUUUUGAAAUGGUUCUUCCGUUUCUGUCUUCCUCUCCCCUUCUCCGUCUCUCUUCUCAGAUCAUGUCUCCUGAUCCCUUCUUCUCUUUCUUUUUUUAAUAAUAUUUGAUGGUCCCUUUGCCCUUUUUACCCGAGAAAAAUUCAGAUCGAUUUAACUAAUUUUACACAGAAGAAGAUUUUUUUUUUUUUUUUAAAACCCUUACCUGCCUAAAAAGAUAUGUCUAUGGAGAGUUCAUUAGGUUUCAUGGCGGUGUUCGCCGUCUCGGGAAGCGUCGUCUUCUUAGCGAGUCAAUUUCACAAGCGUCUUCUCUCCGAUUACAUGGACAAGUUCGAUUUCGAAAUCCGAUCGAAGAAAAAUGUGGUGAUGAAGAAGAAGGUGAGAUUCGCGGCGGAUGUGGUUGAGCCUUCGGGGAAUAACAAAGAGUAUCGCCGGAGACACUCUUCUAAAUCCAAAUCGUCGAAUUCCAAGUUGGCGGCAACUAUUUGAUUUUCUAAAGGUUUUUGUUUUUUUUUUUGGGUAAUAAUUAUUCAUUUUGGGGUUUUUGUGAUUUGAAAAAAAAAAAAAA